UCAAUCUCUGCAGUCCCAGCUCCAGAAGAGUGUCGGAGGCGCGCGCGCAACCUAAUGGCGUGCGUGCGGACGCAUGCGCUAUCCGAUGCGUGAGCAAAGCGGGGAGUCGGGUUCAAAGGAGGAAAUAUGGCGGAAAACAAAGGAGGAGGAGGAGGCGGCGGCGGCGGUGGUGGCGGGGAGGGGGCUGGAGAGGCCGGGCCGGCGGGGGGUGGUCCCGAACCUGCCGCUGCGGCGUCGGCGGCUGUUGUCACCUCUGCGGCGGCAAUUGCAUCCCCGUCUUCUCCGACCGCUACCCAGUCCGAAGAAAGGGAAAGCCCCGCCGCGGCGAUCCUGGCUGCGGCGGCGGACAAGGGCCCAGGGGAGGCGGAGGCCGCGGUGCCGGUUGUGGUAAGCGUAGGCCCGAGCUCCACCUCUAUCCCGGCACCUCUGGGCCCCAGCCCUGCUCCCCCCGCCCUGUCCACCGCUGCGCCGGGCCCGCUGUCGCUUCUAGACACCUGCGCAGUGUGCGCGCAAAGCCUGCAGAGCCGGGAGGCCGAACCGAAGCUGUUGCCUUGCCUUCAUUCCUUUUGCCGCCGCUGCCUGCCGGAGCCUGAACGCCAACUCAGCGUGCCGGUGCCCGGCGGUGCCAACGGGGAUAUCCAGCAGGUUGGUGUGAUCAGAUGCCCAAUAUGUCGCCAAGAAUGCAGACAAAUAGAUUUGGUAGAUAACUAUUUUGUCAAAGAUACAUCUGAAGUACCAAGCAGCUCUGAUGAGAAAACUGAACAGGUAUGCACCAGUUGUGAUGACAAUUCUAGUGCUGUUGGGUUCUGUGUGGAAUGUGGAGAAUGGCUUUGCAAAACCUGUAUAGAAGCUCAUCAACGUGUAAAAUUUACAAAGGACCAUAUGAUCAGAAAAAAAGAAGAUGUCUCUUCAGAAGCUGUUGGAGCAUCUGGUCAACGUCCUGUUUUUUGUCCUGUGCAUAAACAAGAACAGCUAAAGCUUUUCUGUGAAACCUGUGACAGGCUAACGUGCAGAGAUUGUCAGCUACUGGAACACAAAGAACAUAGAUAUCAGUUUUUGGAAGAGGCAUUUCAGAAUCAAAAAGGUGCUAUUGAGAAUCUCUUAGCCAAACUCCUUGAAAAGAAGAAUUAUGUUAACUUUGCAGCUACUCAAGUACAAAAUAGGGUAAAAGAAGUAAAUGAAACUAACAAACGAGUAGAACAGGAAAUCAAAGUGGCUAUUUUUACCCUCAUUAAUGAAAUCAAUAAAAAGGGAAAAUCUCUCUUACAACAGCUUGAGACUGUGACAAAGGAGAGACAGAUGAAAUUAUUACAACAACAGAAUGAUAUCAGUGGCUUAUCAAGGCAGGUGAAGCAUGUGAUGAACUUCACUAAUUGGGCCAUUGCAAGUGGCAGCAGCACUGCAUUGCUCUAUAGCAAGCGACUGAUCACUUUCCAGCUGCGACAUAUUUUAAAAGCACGGUGUGAUCCUGUUCCAGCUGCUAAUGGAGCAAUUCGCUUCCAUUGUGAUCCUACAUUUUGGGCGAAGAACGUAGUCAACCUAGGUAAUCUUGUUAUUGAAAAUAAACCAACACAAGGUUACACUCCUAAUGUAGUAGUGGGACAAGUUCCUCCAGGAACAAAUCAUAUCAGCAAACCUCCAGGGCAAAUUAAUCUUGCACAGCUUCGGCUCCAGCACAUGCAACAGCAGGUGUUUGCGCAACAAAAACACCAGCAGUUACAGCAGAUGAGGAUGGGGCAGCCUGCAGGGCAAAUCACACGCCAGGCAGGUCCACAGAUGCUUCAGCAACAGCCUCCACGGUUGAUAAGUAUGCAGACCAUGCAGAGGAGUAUGAAUUGCGGUGCUUUCCAAGCUCAUCAAAUGAGAAUGGCUCAGAAUGCAGCUCGUCUCCCAGGGAUACCACGCCACAACGGGCCCCAGUAUUCUAUGAUGCAGCCACACUUACAGAGACAAGUAUAUGCUCAUUCAAAUCCAGGACAUGCAGGUCCCUUCCCAGUUGUUUCAGUACAUAACAAUACUAUCAAUCCAACAAGCCCUACAACAGCCACCAUGGCAAAUGCUAAUCGUGGUCCAACAAGCCCAUCUGUAGCAGCAAUAGAGCUUAUUCCAUCUGUAACCAACCCAGAAAAUCUACCUUCCUUGCCAGAUAUUCCUCCCAUACAGCUAGAAGAUGCUGGUUCCAGUAACUUAGAUAAUUUACUAAGUAGAUAUAUCGCAGGUAGCCAUCUACCCCCUCAACCCAUAAGCAGUAUGAAUCCCUCUCCUGGACCCUCAGCACUAUCUCCAGGUUCAUCAGGUUUAUCCAAUUCUCAUACUCCUGUGAGGCCACCUAGUACAUCUAGUACAGGCAGUAGAGGCAGUUGUGGGUCAUCAGGCAGAACCGUUGAGAAGAACAAUAUUAGCUUUAAAUCUGACCAUGUAAAAGUUAAGCAGGAACCUGGCACAGAGGAAGAGGUGUGCGGUUUUUCAGGAUCUGUGAAGCAAGAAAAAACAGAAGAUGGCAGGAGAAGUGCCUGCAUGCUUAGCAGUCCUGAAAGUAGUUUGACGCCACCACUUUCUACAAGCUUACAUCUGGAAAGUGAGUUAGAAGCACUGGGAAGUAUAGACAACCAUGUAAAAACUGAACCAACAGAAUUGAAUGAAAGUUGUAAACAGUCUGGACAUGGUCUUGUAAAUGGCAAAUCUCCAGUACGUAGCCUCAUGCAUCGGUCUGCCAGGGCUGGAGGAGGAGAAGGCAACAAUAAAGAUGAUGACCCGAAUGAAGACUGGUGUGCUGUGUGCCAAAAUGGGGGAGACCUAUUAUGUUGUGAAAAGUGUCCUAAAGUUUUCCAUCUGACAUGUCAUGUACCUACUCUCCUCAGCUUUCCAAGUGGAGAAUGGAUAUGUACAUUUUGUCGGGAUCUUCUCAAACCUGAGGUAGAAUAUGACUGUGAUAAUUUGCAGCACACCAAGAAGGGGAAAACAGCACAAGGAUUGAGUCCUGUGGACCAAAGGAAAUGUGAACGCCUCCUACUUUAUCUAUAUUGCCAUGAGCUGAGUAUUGAAUUUCAAGAGCCAGUUCCAGCCUCGAUACCAAACUACUAUAAAAUAAUAAAGAAACCAAUGGAUCUAUCCACAGUAAAGAAGAAACUGCAGAAGAAACAUUCACAACAUUAUCAGACGCCUGAAGAUUUUGUGGCAGAUGUUCGGCUGAUCUUCAAGAACUGUGAAAGGUUUAAUGAAAUGAUGAAAGUUGUUCAAGUUUAUGCAGAAACACAAGAGAUUAAUUUGAAGGUUGAUUCAGAAGUAGCACAGGCAGGGAAAGCAGUUGCAUUAUACUUUGAAGAUAAACUUACAGAAAUAUACCCAGGCAGGAUCUUCCAGCCUUUACCUGAAUUUGAGCAAGAAGAAGAUGAUGCUGAAAUAACUGAUGAUUCAGAUGAAGAUUUUAUACAACCACGUAGAAAACGUCUAAAAUCAGAUGAAAGGCCGGUGCAUAUAAAGUAAACUGUUUAAAUGGACCCAAGCUAUUGUAAAAAAACAUAUUUAAAUGUUCCUGGGAUAUUAUCGUGGCUUUAGUGGCCAUUUUCUUGAUAGUGUUCAGACAGUAUUAGAUUACAAACAACGUUUGUACAGAAACAUUCUUGUCUAAGGGGGAAAAGCUUUCAACUUUUGUUACUGCUCUUGUGUUUUGUGUUUUUUUUCUAGUGCUGGAUUUUUAUUUUACUUUUUCACUCCUUCAUUUACAGAAGAUUGAGAUUAUUAACAUUCAUAUCAGAAAAAAGUUUUUAUAUGAUGACAUUUGUAUGAACAAUACAUUUUUGUCACUACCUAAUAACUAUUUCUGUAGGAUUGGACCAAGAGAAGUCAUAUUUAACUUUCAUACAGGGUUAUGGUUUAAAUUCUAAGCAACCUUUCUCUUCAUGUAACCAGAAUUGCUGGUUGUGUGAUUUUCUUUCUUUCUUUCUUUCUUUCUUUUUUUUUGAGAUUCAACAUCUUACCCAAAUGAUAAUGCAAGCAUCAUACUUCGUUGGGUCAAGUAACCAGGCUUUGCAGUCUUUUAUUAUGUAUAAAAGUAUCAUAACAUCAUUAAAUCAUCUUGAAUUUGUGAAUGCAGGAGUGCGAGUUCUUCAUAUGUGCUUUAUUGACUUUGGUUGCAAUUCAUGUUUUUAAAUAGGAUUCAUGGUAUUAAAUGGAAAUCCCAUGCACAGUACACCUCAGUAUCAUUUUCUUUUUGUAUUAUGUCUAUUUCUCUCCCCUUUUAAGGCAGGAUGUUGGCUACAAAACCAACUAAAAUAUAGAUUUUAGUACUUUCAGAACUAGCCUAUGAUGUUAAUAACUGGUGACUGUCCAGUCUUCCCUACUAACAGUUUCUGAUAGACUAUCAGCAAACUAGUAACUUUGUCAACUACCAAAUGUGUAAACUUUCCUGUAUUCACUCUGUCUUAUUUGUAAAUAAUGGUACUGUAAAUUCUUUCAGGCAGCAACAUUUGCUGGACUGUUUUUAAGCUAAUACGUAUUCUUACUAAUGUUCCUAAUCAAGAACAGAUUUGUAAUAUGCUUUUUAUUUCUUAAGCAGUUCAUAAUUUGAAGUUCUAUAUUAUUUUGUUAGAUCUAUUCAGUCUUCUUCAGAAGCAGCUUAAAUUGAAGAGAAUAAUGUGCCCUUUCAGGCUAAGUUACUUGUCUAUUCUUAAAUCUAGAAAAUGGACCAGCAUAUCAGACAAGUAACUAGUUGAAUAAUAAUAUGCAGUUGUCCAUGCAUAACAAAGCUCUUCGAAGACAAGAAAAAUCUGCAUUAUUGUAAUUCAAUGUCGAACAGGUAAAAAUCCUUAUAUGCUUGGCUUAGGUCUGUAUUAAACUAUUUCAAACCCUUAUAUAAAAUAUUUUUAUGCCUGUUUCAAAAAGGCAAACUAUACCGAGGUAACCAAAACAUAAGCUUUACUGUGACAUUAAGUGUAUUCAUUAUGGCCAAUAGUUCACAAUAUAUGAAGAAUUGAUCUUACAGUAGAGUUGAAUAGUUUAUUAUACAAUGUAUUUCCAGUGAUUCCCUAAAGAGUUUUGAUUCAAAUGCCUGAUUUCAUUUUCCCUGAAAGAGGCAGGGAACAUGAAAGUAAUUAAAGAUAUUUAUGACUUUAAUUCACUUUCUUAGAUAAACAGUAUAUUAAAAAUGAAAUGAGUCCAGGGAUUUAUUUUCACAAAAGAUUUUAUUUAACAAAUCAAUUCUAAAUUGUCUGUUUUAUGAAUAUAUAUUAGUCUACAUUGUGACCAAAUUAAAUUUAGAGAAGUCAAUUUAGAGAGAUUGGAAGAAAGUUUCAUGAUCAUAGCUGUUGUUUCCACAUAUAAAAGGCAACAUUCUAACUGGACUGUGUGAUGUUUUCUAUAUAUAGUGUUAUUGAUUAUCCUUUUUUCCAAAUGUAGAGAUGAAAUUACUUAGCUUGAGAGAUCUAACAUACAGGUAAUGAGCAUAGCCUAGUUUGAAUGUCACUUUUUAUUUGCAAUUAAAAAUAUGAGGGUGAAUGGGAGGGUUCCCUCUCAGUGUGCUCACUCUCCAACAAGUUCCCACAAAAUAUUCACUUAUGUGCUUAUUGCAAGCAUCAAAUGCAAGAACAAAAUGCUAAAUAACUGUUGGAUGAAAUAGUAGUUCUUAUGUAUACUGAAAUUCUUUGUAUCUCAAUUUAUAAUGAAUGAAACUAUUUCUUACUUAAAUUAAAUGUAUGCAGAUUUCUUUCUGCAAAAGAGAACUGGUAUUGAGCUAAUUUAAUUUCUUUUCCAUUCUGAAACUGCAAUGGAAAAAUAAUAGAUUUUAGUGUAUUAAAUUUUAUGAAUAUCUUUUUACUUUUUUGCAAAAACAUAAUUUGAGACAUUAAAUUGAUUAUCUGCUACCUGAAACAUAGUGGAUAAUAACAUUCUGCAUAAACGAUAUAUAAAUUGCUAGAGUCAUUUCUUGAAGAAUAUAGUCAUAGAUGGAAAUGAUUUGCAGUCUUGAUGAGCUUUUCCCAGUGAUGGUAAGAAGUAUAUCACAAAAGAACUUCUGCCACCUGUACAGCUGAAAAGAAGCCUGUGUUUGACAUAUUGCAGGCACUUGUGCAAUUAUUGAGCUACACUGGGUUUGAAAACAUAGUUUAUUUUGGAGUAUGUUCUUCAUAUAUCUACUUUCUAGUGGAUAAUGGGGCUUUCCUUGCAUGUGAAAUGGAUUUACCUGGGCUUCAUAAAUUACAAUGUAACUUAUAUCUGAUAUAGUCCCAAAAUAUUUUGUCCUAUAAUUUGACUCUUAAAGUAUGACAUCAAAUACUCUUACUAAAAAAGAAAACAAAAAACUCUUUCCCUGGUUGUAUAGAUUCCAAACAUUUAAGUUAAUCCAAAGAAGAAAAAGGCAGCUUACUUUGAAACAGGAAGGAUAACAAAUGUACAGCGUGCUGAUUGUGGACUUCUCAAUUACCUCAGCAGGUCCCCUGCCUUGUACUUACUAGUGAUUAGUGUUAGUUUAACCAGCUAAGUAUGUUCAGGUCUUACUUAACUGUGCCCUGCAAAUAAGUGUCCUAUCAUAUACUAUUAAGGCUGAUUUACUAUCCAAAAAAGGUGGCUUUGCCUCUAGCUUUUAAAGUAGAUACUGUAUGCUGUAAAAUGUAGAUAGCCUUUUUCAUGAGAAAAAUUCCCAUUAAUAAUAUUUGAGGUGGCAUUGACUGUCGGCGUACUCAACACUGGAUAGAAGAGCAGAAUGUUUUAUAAACAUUUCUGCAAGCCACUGCAUCAAAGUAGUAUUUUUUAACAAAUCACCCCAAUUUGCAAUUCUGUUGUAUAAUGUAGUUUUAUUAGACAGUCCCAUUUACGUGAAAGUUAUGGCAACACUAUCUUGAAGUUGAAAAUGUUACGUACUGGAUGUAGGCUUUCUUUCUUUUUUUUCCCACUUCUCCUUAGCAAAAAAGCAAUAAAACUGCUUUGUCUGUUGCCUGUUUAGCAUGGCAGGAGUCCAUUUCCUUUGAGUAGUGGUUUUAUAGGAAAGUUUUUGUAUGUGUAUCACCCAAGUCUAGCUUUUAACAAAUAAAGUGUGCAGUUAUAGUGUGGCAUUUUAUUUUAAAAAUUGGGGAAAGUUAACAUAUUUUUUUAAGAAAUAGGUGUUUCAGUAAAUAAUGGAGGUACUUUUUUAAAAACUUUAUAUGCCACAAUUUACAUAGACCUAUUUCAAAGUAAUUCAUAAAAUUGUGAUUUUCGAUAUGGCCACCACUUCUUUGCUUCAGUGAUGCAUGUGCAGUAACUUCACUUAUUUGUUGGUUUUUGUGUCCGCCUAUUUGCUAGUCUACUUUUAAAAUGCAUCCUAAUCAAAAUUGUUUUGAAAAAUUGCAGUUAUUUUGAUUUCUUAAUUCAGUAGCUGAUUGACAAUGAUAACACACAACUUUCUCUUUUCUAUUCAAUUCUUUUUCAAGUAGGGAGCUGCUCUUUUCUUUUAAAAUGAUCCGUGACUUUGUAUAAAUAAAUUCAAAUAAUUUUAUAGAUUUCUCACACGUUUCAGCAUUCCCGUAGCGUGAACAUAAAUUUUGAAAUGGAAAAUGAUGCAUGUUAAAGGCCUGCCAAUGUAGGCGUUUGUUAAUUCAAAAUGCCAUUAAACAUGUAUAUAUGAGGUCGAUAAAGAUUUGUGCAAUUGAAAGCCUGUUUUAAUUUUAUAUGUAAACAUACAAAUCAAAGGGUUCAAUUCCCAGUAUUCUUUCUUUCUGGUAAUUAAAACUGGUACUUUUUGCACAUAGUUAACUUUACUGAUUCUUUUUAAAAAGUGCUGUUUCUGUGGUGUUGUAUUCUCUGAAUAAUAUUUAAUUUUUUUUAACAAGUUAACGUUUCUAAUUGUUCAGUUCCUGUGUUUUUUGGCUGAUGUGUAAUAAAAGCAUUUUUCUUUACAUGAUUAUUUAAUACAUUUAGCAACCUGUAAAUAUUUCUUGUUAAGUGCUCUGGAAUGUGGUGUAGCAAUUGUAUUAGAACAGUUUUAAAAAACAUUGUUUUGAAAACCACUUUGUUUUGGUUAUUUCUAUUAAAUUAGAAAAGGAAGAA